AUUCUGUUGUCCUUUCUUGUUUAGAAUCUUCGUUGAAUGUUCUGUUGACAUCGAAACUAUAAAGGUGGCACGAGAAAUCAACAUUUCAGAAACAACAUUGAAUUGCUUAACUCGGGAAACAUGUCUUUUCUAGCUCAGAGGAAGAGGAAGUAUGACCUGAUUCUUCCUUCAAUGUCAUUGAGUAUCCUUAAGAAACAGUAUGAAAGCAAACAGAUAUUUGUAGAACAAUCCAUCAUUACCAAGCAAUCCCGCAUUUCCUCUCAUGAAAUCUCUGUCAUUGAUCUCAUCAAAAUGGCCAAGGAGACAAUGUCAGUAGCCAUUUCUCAAAACUCGGAUAAUUUUAUUUAUCAUAAUAGCUUUGUUUGGCCAUCGAUAACGUCCAAAGAUCUUCAGCUUGUAAUAGUUCUCCAAGCUGCUGCCAUCAACUUCUCCAGACAACAGUUUCAUCAGGCCAGAAAUCUGCUCAACAUUUGUCAGCGCCACGCUUCGCAUGAUGGAAAUACGCUUCAAAGAUUGCUGUAUUAUUAUACUGAAGCUCUCCAGGAGGGCAUUGUAGGGGAGAUUGGGGGGGAAAUUCUUCACAAAACACCAAAUGGCUGUCAAAAGUAUCCAGCAUUAAGAGAAUCAAUUAGAACUGUUCAGGCUGCAGUUUUGGAAUGUAAUCAAAAAAUGCCAUUCUGUCCUGUCACUCAAUUCACUGCUGUUCAAGCCAUACUGGACAAUGUAGCAUCAUCCAGGAGGGUUCAUCUGGUGGAUUUGGAAAUCAGAAGCGGAUCACAAUGGCCGAUGUUGAUGCAAGCUCUAGCUAGCAGGCGUGAUUGCCCCCUCGAGUUUCUCAAGAUAACUGCAGUAGGAUCAUCAAAAGAGAUGAUUGAGGAGACAGGAAAUAAGUUGUCAUCUUUUGCUAAAAGUCUGAACAUUCCAUUUGCAUUCAAAACAGUAGUAACUGACUUGAAGAACCUGGAUAUCGAAUUCUUUGAGUUAGAACCCGAUGAAGCACUGGCUGUCUAUUCAGAGUUGCGCCUGGCGAGCUUGUUAGCAUGGCCUCACCACCUGGAAUCUCUGAUAGAAACUAUUAAGAAAAUGAGGCCUUGUGUAAUGGUGACUAUUGAAAUUGACUCAAACACAAACACGCCGAAUUUCCUGGACCGUUUUAAUGCAUCGCUUUUCGUUACUGCUGCAAUGCUCGACUGUCUUGAUGUUUGCAUGGGACGAGACAGUCUGUCUAGAGCAAUUGUUGAAGGUGUACUUUUUCGUCGAGGGAUUCAUUACCUGGUCACAUCCAAGGGUGAAGAGGAUAUUCAUCGCCAAGAAAACGUUGGUUUCUGGAGAGAUUUAUUCGAAAAAUGUGGCAUGGUUGAACUUGAGCUUAGCAGUUGGGCUUCAUAUCAAGCGACCUUGGUUGUCGAAAGCAAUCCUCGUUGGAGUUCGUGUACUCUCGAGCGCGAUGGAAAAGGCAUGACAGUAGGAUGGAAGGGAGCAACAGUACAUUUUCUCAAUGUUUGGAAGUGUGAUUCAUUUUCUGAUCAGUAG